ACUCGGCAUGACCCCUAUACGUUUAGCAAUCGCUUCGAAGAAUAAAUUUGCCUUCAGAUCUCUCCUUCGCGCCGGCGCCGAUUUGUAUACAAAAGAUCUCGACGGUUAUAUUGCCUCAACUUAUACCUCAACUCCAAUUCCAGCAACGAUAUUGAAAAAUUACCUCGAUGACAGCAUUAGUUUGGAAAAUACUCCCGAUUUCGUCAAAUCAGUGACGUUUAACUACAGAAUAUUCAAACAAGUCAAUCAUACGAGUUCUUCUGCAACAGGUAACGAAACGGAAUUUGUUGAUCUGAUCCAGCAAAAUCCAGAGUUGAGAACACUACUCAAGCAUCCGCUUUCAGAGAGCUUUCUCCAUGUGAAAUGGUGUCUCAUCAAGAAAUAUUACUACCUUAAUUUCGCAUUUUAUUUAUCGUUUUACGUCGCCUUGAACUUGUAUUUUUACCAAAUUCAAGAUUCUCCAUCAUCAGGAAUCAACCAAAAAGCAUCAAUUCUACGUAGAGUAUCGCGGUUAGGAUUGGUAUUAAUAACAUCUCUGUUGUACAUCGCGUUCAUACUACGAGAACUUGAUCAAUUUUUUAUUUCAAUGAAGGCAUACUUCGGAUCACUUGAAAACUGGCUGAAAAUGAUGAUCAUACUUGGAGUUGAUGCCUUCUUUGUGUUUAAACCCAACGCAGAUAUAGCAGCCACUGUUAAUUUACUGAUGUGUUUAGAGCUUGUAUUUCUACUUGGUAAACAUCCGUGGUUUUCCAUCUAUAUAGAAAUGUUUCAAAAAGUGGUAUACAAUUUUGCCAAAUUUUUCGCCUUGUUUUCAAUUCUGGCUAUAUCGUUUGCGAACAGCUUUUACAUUCUGUUCCGAGAUAGAACAAAAGGGCGCACUUGGUCACAAAAUGCAACUAACGUUGAUCCAUCCAACCAGAGGAUUGAAAACUCAAUUAAUUUGUGGCCGGACCUGAAAGUAUCGCUGAUCAAAUCGAUUAUCAUGAUGACCGGAGAACUCGAUGCUUCUAAUCUACCCCUGGGUGAAAAUUUCAAUUACAGUUAUGUGUUUCUUCUCCUCUUCAUCUUACUCGUUCCCAUGGUACUUUACAAUCUACUCAAUGGUUUGGCUGUCAGUGAUACGAACGCCAUCAUGAAGGACUCGGAAAUAUUUGUUAUUAUGUCUCGAGUUAACUUGAUAAGGCAUUUAGAACGUCUACUCAACAGUAAGUUAUUGCAGUGUUUUUUUGUGUUUUGGCCAGGACGUCUAAAUCACAGAUUAUUCACGGAUGUGGACCGUGAGAAACUUACAGUACGCUCCAAUCUAGGCUAUAUUAUACAAUUUGAAGAAUUUGGAAAAGAAAUCGGGAAAAUGCCCCUCACUAUCAUCAAACAAGCUGAACAAAUCGCGGAAAAACAAGAUCGCAGCAUUUCUGUCCAGAAUAUGGACCAGAUUUUACGGGCGGAUGCCGUAAAAAUAACUUCAUCGGAGAGCAAAUCCGUUGACAAAGCAGUUCAUAAGAUACAGGUUCGUAGCCAGCGCCAAGGCAGACAAUGCGGCGCCUCGUAUCAAAAGACCGCUUGCCUAGCCUAUUGAAAAUCCGAAAAUUUUGAGAAAAAAAAAUAAAAAAAACAGCAAACAGUGCGAAUUAAACUUUGUUCAGUUUUUUCAAAACUCGUUGUGAUUACACUGAUCACUCUACUAGGAAACCUCACUGUCCCACAGGGGUUUGGAUGGAAAGUGGUCUCAGUGGUAACUCUUGGUCCAAGUGCGACACCAUUAAAAUUUUAGCUGCCAGUUUUGAGUUUAGCCCUCACAGUAUUACAUUUUGUAUUUUAAAAUUUUCUAAAACCCCGCUAAUCCGACGCUCAGAUUCUUCUCACGGUAUUGUCAUGGGAAAAUUUUAACCCACGCGCUUGACCAAGGGCCAUUUAUUUUCCUUUUCAAAAAAACUUUUCGUAUCAUAUUUUUUGAAAAUCUUUCAAAUUCUUCAUUUUCGAUGAAAAUUUGAUGAAUCCUUGAAACAUAUAACACGAAAAAUUUAGCUGAAUGGAAAAAUGAUAAGAAGUUCCUUGUGCAAACGAGACAAGGUCUCGAUUUUUGCAAAUUUUCAAAUUCAAAAUUCUACUGUAGCAGUUCAACUCAUAACUGGCAGCUAAAAUUUUAAUGGUGUCGUCUCUUGCAAAUGAAAAAAUAUACAAAAUUGACGUUUUUCAUUUUUUUGAAAUAAUCACAAUGAAAAAUGUUCGCUCGAGCAGUCAUUUUUUUCUUCUUUCUCGUAAAACAAUCAUAUGUACCUACAUUAUAAAGAGUUUCUAGAAAAUUACCUCAAAAUUUCGAUUUAUUAUGCCCUAAAGCCCGGGCUUGCCACUUCUUUGGAAACCAUUGUAUUCAAAUAUAAAAUUUCAUCGUCAUGCUUCAUCUAAUUGCAAUAAAAAUUAGCUCCAAAUUUCUGAAACGCUUGAAUGAUGUUUUUCUUUUCGUUUUUCAAUCAAAUAUGUAUCAUUUCAAGUAUGAUUUUCUCCGCCCCUUCAUUGCAUUGGAAAAUAAUUAUUCUAUUGGUAAAAUUGGAGGAGCGAUCUUCUGAGUUCACCUCGAGGGCGGGGGGGAGGGGGUGGUUAAAACAAUAUUUUUAUUCAAAUGCGAGAACGUCUCAAAAAGGCCCGCCUUGUGUGAAAUUUCACUAGCCUUGUCACUCGUGUCAUUCUGGCUACGGACCUGAUUAAGAUAAGCGACCAAAAGCGUAAUUUGAAACUUGAGAUCAGAAGAAAAAUUGCUGAUCGCGUAUAAAAAUUGUUACAAAGUGUUAAUGAACGUAUCGCGAAAUUACUCGAAUCUGUUAUGCAGGCGGUAGCACAUCUAAAGCAAAAGAAAUAGAAGUUGGAGAUGGGAAGAAUUAUUGAAAAUAAUGGUAUCGAAUAAGAUGGUAUUUAUCGAUUCAUGUUCAAUUUGGUUGUAUUUUUUAAUACUUUCAUAAGUUUAUUAGUUUUUAGGCCAUAAUCUUAAAAAAUGGAUUGUUUUUAUGUGUAAAUAUACCUACUGUUCAUCGAA